AUGCACUGGGAUGCACCACCGACUAUCAUUCGACUCUCGCUCGCCGCAUCAGUCUCAAGAUCCUCAUCAUCAUCCUUAGCCACAACAACGAUGGACCAGAAAACUCCCGAAUCUCUGGGAUUCGAUGGAUCGCCUUCCUUCGUCACGCCCAACAACAAUCAGCGAAAUUCGACCCAAGUCAGCAAAAUUCGGGAUCAUCUGCUACAUGAGAUGUAUCUAGUUCCUGUAGCUGAAGGAAACAAAAACCUCCAAACAGUGAAAUAUGCAACUUGUAAAAGUAUUGUGAAAGAGAUUCAUUCUUAUGAGAAAGAGGCUGAGAGAGAAGCUAUAGGACUGCUGCCUUUUACAAUGAAGAGAAGUCCCACUUUACUCGUCAAUCGUCAUCCUCUGCUAUCUCCUCUUCCCAUUGUCUCGACUAAUCUACUCGUCAAACACCUUACCGGCCUUUCCAACGAGAUCCAUGCUCAAAGUUGUCUUGACCUCUCCGACGAGUUAUUUGGUCGAGUCAACGAACCUUGUCGGAGAAACCUUGACCGGAGCCGGUGUUGUCCUGUUCUAGCCGCUUGCCUCCUCGCAACUCAUGCUCGCUCUGCUCUACAACUACUAACUCCUGCUUUGACGGCGGUAUCCUCCGAUUCCGACGAACUCAUGAAGCUCGACAAUUUCUGA